CAAUCUUGGCUUCGAUAGCAGAGGAGGGCAUGAAAGGUACCAGGGAAAUUGUGGGGGAAAAUUAUUAACAAUAUACAAAGAAUUAGUUACUAUGUUGUCUAAUACAGGGGGUUGUGCCCCUGCAAUCCCUCCUGGGGGGCUACCUCAACCCCCAUCCCUGCAAUAGAAGACAAAGAAUCCUCCACGUAUUCAUGGCAGAGUAGAGCCUAUGACUGACAUGUAGGAGCACCCAAUGCCAAGUCUAUCUUACACUCUUACCUUACCUAUCCUACUGUACAUGCAUGGUGGAUUCUUUGUUUUCCAGGAUGGAGGUUGGGAGGCAGCAGCCCCUCAUUGGGGUUUGGAAGGGUCACAGUGUCCUGCAUUUGAUUAUUUUUUUUACCAAUUCUUUGCCUGUGAGGCCUAUUCAUAUUUUACCCUGCAAUUUCCCUGGUACCAUUCAUGCCCUCCUUUGCUAUUGGGGCCAAGAUUGUGGAUAUUGGAGGGGUUUCCGUGGCAUGAUUUCUCUAUAUUUGAGUACUAGAGGGUAAGAAGUCAGAAGAAUGAGUCUCUUCGCACGAGAACGGCAGCAAGAACUGAACACUCUUGCCUGCUUGGCCAUGGGGUUACAAGGCUGGAAGACAACGGUCGAACUUCAUAACGACUCCUUUGCAUGUGGAAGGAUUGUUGAGGUUGAUGUGAAAAUGAAUAUCGAGAUGAGUGAAGUGAGAUACACUGAUGGAAAUGGGAAGAUGUUGAAACUGGACAAUUUUCACGUGUCAGGACGGAGAAUCAGAUACAUACACAUUCCAGAUCAGGUUGACAUAAUGAAGUUGAUAGAGAAGAAGGUCCUGCCAAACCAACCGCAGAAGAAAAUCACCAAAAAAGCUCAGAUCGCUCUCAAGAGGACCCAGCAGACGCUCAAAAGAUACAGGCGGGAACAGGAAGCUCAAGCUGGGGGAAGUAAAGAAGGAACGUAAAGCUUGUCAACUUGCGCUUAGGGAUGAAGAUUUUGUGUGCGUUUCCUCUAUUUAUUUAUUUAGUUUUUUUGUUUUUUUUAGUUAGUUAGUUAGUUACAUUCUCUCUCUUCUCUUUUCUCUUCUCUUUUCUUCUCUUUUCUUCUCUUUUCUUCUCUUUUCUUCU